AUGAAGGCGUCAACAUCCACACGAAGGACCCUAAAAGCGACGACCAAAACAAUUCCAACAGCUGGAACGCGUCUUGCAACUGCUAAUCCUUCCUUAGCAAAACAGACCAUCAACAGCAAUUUAAAAACUCUAAAUAAAAUUUUGCAUGAACGCUCAAAUAUUACAAAUAAGCGCGUAUUAAGCGACUCCAAUAUCCAAAACAUUGAUGAUAAAAAUGCGACAUCUCAUUCAAAUGUCCAAACUUUGAUUAACGCGACUCUUUCGGCUAUUGGUGAAUUAGAGCAAAUGGAAGCAAAGUUGAAUCUUAGAGAAUUAGACCUCGAAAAGGCAUAUUCAAAUUUAAUAAAGAGCAUGAUAGACUUUGGUUUGUACAGAGAAGCCAUUCAAUCUUUAUUAAAGCUUCGAACGCGUCUUUUGAAUUAUCUUGGAGUAAGCAAUGGAUCGACAAAUCCAAGUAGAAGCUCUGAUGUCCUUCAUAAUAUGGCACGCCCACAAAUGAAAAAUAAAAUUGGCAAACCAAAGCAUAUUAAUAGUUCGGAUUGCCUAUUUAAUUUAUUUUCUUUUCAUGCUCUCAAUAAUAGCAAAAAUUUAAAUAAUGAGGCAAAGUUACUGGUUUUAUCGAGCUUGGUAUAUGCAUAUCGGUGCUUUAUAGAGCUUGAAGAAAUACAGUUUAUCAAGCGCUUGCCCGAAAUCUUAAAGAAUAAUGAUAGUGGAAAUCCCAUCAUUCUUUGCCAAUCUUUGAGAAACGCAGACACAAAGAAUGUGACCAUAUACGCAGAAAUGUUAAUGCGAAUAAUUUCGAGAGCUUGUGCCAAACUUCAAGAUCUCUCAG